AUGGGCCACCUUGGCGUGCCACUGGCCACCUUGCCCUGCUGUCUCAUCUCCUCCGUGGACCCCAAGUUUCUGAACCUCACUAAAGUCGACGACCAGAUCUACAGCGAGUUCAGGAAAAACUUCAAGGAUCUUAAAAUUGACGUGCUCGACCCCGAAGAGCUCAAAUCGGAGUCUGCCAAGGAGAAAUGGCGCCCGUUCUGCCUGCGGUUCGAGGGGGUGGUGGAGGACUUCAACUACGGCACCCUGCUCCGCCUGGACUGCCGCAAAGACUACACCGAGGAGAACACCAUCUUCGCUACCAGAAUCCAGUUUUUUGCCAUCGAAAUCGCUCGGAACAGAGAGGGCUGUAACAGCGUCGUCUACAGCAGUGCCAGGGAGCCAGCGGCUGCCGUGGCAAAAGAAGCGGUGUCGGGGUGAGGAUGGGAUGAGCUCACCCUGCA